CCGGGUCAGACUCGGUGUUUGCGGGCUACCCUAGUAGGGCACACUUCCCGCUCUCCUACCGGUACAGCUGCCGCCUCCCGAUAUCUGAAUCCCCGCCACUCCCAUCUAAGGCUACGUUGCUCUUUGGGAUCUUAGAAUGCCAGGCUCCGUGGCCUCCAAAGUGGGCAAGUGGCGGCACCGUGUUUUUGGGCCCAGACUGUGAACUAAUUCAAAAUUAUUGAACUUGAGUUUGCUGUGGAGGCCAUGUCGCAAGACUAGGCAAAAGUUUCUCCUUUCCCCGAGUAAGAAUAAAGUUCCUUUAGGAGGGAUUGCUUCUUGGGGGAGCUCUGUGAAAAAGGCAACCUCCCUGUACUGUUUGGGUACUGAACUGAUGUUAAUUGCUUACGGAUUCUUCUCUUUGUCACUACAAAUACUCCAACCUGCAGCAGAAGAAACACAAACAGUAAAAUGGGUCAUAGACAAGUAGUUUAAAGUUUUCAUUGUUAGACAUUCAAACUGUGGAACUCAAACUAUUCAAGUCGACUGACCUUCCAUUUGCAUUACUGAUGCAAAUCAAUGACAGGGCAUCAAUAGGAUGCCACUGGAAUCAUCUUCCUCUUCGAUGCCACUAUCCUUCCCUACUCCCUUACCCUCAGUACCAGACAGUAUUACUAACUCUUCCCCACCCCCAAUGUCUUACAUCACUUCCCAGGAGAUGAAGUGUAUUCUUCACUGGUUUGCCAGUUGGUCAGGUCCCCAGCGUGAACGUUUCCUACAGGACCUGGUAGCUAAGGCAGUGCCGGGAAAAUUACAGCCACUGCUGGAAGGUCUGGAGCAGCUUAGUGUGUCUGGAGCAAACCGACCGCCUUGUAUCUUUGAGUGUCAGCUACGUCUUUGGGAUCAGUGGUUUCGAGGUUGGGCUGAGCAGGAGCGCAACGAAUUUGUCAGGCAGCUGGAGGUCAGUGAGCCAGACUUCGUGGCAAAGUUUUACCAAGCAGUGGCUGCUACAGCAGGUAAAGAUUGAUGGGCUUUAAAAUCAAAGAAGAUAAUCAUAUCUGAUGGAGCUGCAACUUUACAGUGAGAACUUCAAGUAUGUCACUUAACAGUCUAGGGAUGGUAUCCUGAUCAACUGACUGACCUUGUUGACCAGGACAGGCUUGGUUAUUUCAACUUUAAUAGCCUAUCAACUGGACUCCCAGCAGAAAUGUUUUCCAUCUAAGUAAAUUCAGAUCAGUCAGCCUCCUAGCUUGCUCCUUUCUACAUGUCAAACCCUCAAGAACUCAAUGGCUUCUUUUGCGAGUAUAACCAAAAGGAACCUACAUAUUCUAUAACUCAAGCCUAUUGCUGGCCCAUGAGGCUAUAAAGUAGAGCCUUCCUGCUCCAGAAACAGGAGAGAAGGACGAUGAAAGGUCACGUUUUUAUAGUUUAACUGGAUUCAGAUGGCUGAUUUCACCACUCUUACCAGAUUCUGGCAUAAUUGUGUGACAUCCCAACUAAGCUUCCCUAGUGAUGAUUUUGUAAAAGUAUGUAAAAAUCAGGAGAGGGAGAUAAUUGUUACUCCUUCCAUGCUGAUGUUUGUUUGAAUCCAAAUAGCAGUGGCUUUUUCUAAAGCAUAUUGUGAUAUCCUUGGAGCUGGUAACAAAUACCUGUUCUGUAAGUUUGCUCUCCAAUAUGAAAACAAGUGACACUCUUUAUAGGUUGAAGUGUUUAUUUUUUGUAUCAAAAUAAAGAAUCUUCAGAACCAUAA